CAAGAACACAAGGCCAAACUGAAGAAUAUGAUUAGUGGAGAUUCCAAUGCCAUUCCCUCGGCUCAUCUGCUGUCUCCAAGCUGUCCAACGACAACGUCCCCUUCCCUCUAAAAACUCCUCUUGUUCUCACUGUGAGAGAGGGAGAGAAGAGAGAGAAGGAGCGCAUCGCAAUGAGCAUCAAGGUAACGUGUACACACUUGCCUCUUGUUCUCUCUCUCUCAUCACUGCUCCCAUCUCCGGAGCUCCCCCACAGCUGCAACCUCCGAACAUCCAUCCAAUCCAAGCAUCCGCCGGCCUUCCUGCACCCCUGUCACCUCCUGCACCCCUGCCAAAAAUCGUUGGCUUCUCCUGCUCCCUCCUUCCACUCCCACGACCUUCUACACGACAUGAUUGCAUUGCAGGUUCCUACGGAAUUCAGCUGUCCUCGCACGCCACUGAAACCUUCUUGUUGCCUGCCUGCGCACAACCGAAAGAGCCAUCUCUUUGCUUUCGCAGAAAGAUUUGGCCAUUUCUUGUAAACUUGCAUCUCUUUAGUGAUUGUUUCUCGGUGAGGAGCGUGGAACCAUGGGGAAGAAGGGCAAGUGGUUCGGCGCGGUCAAGAAGGUGUUCAGCCCUGAAUCCAAGGAGAAGAAGGAGGAGAGACUUCGGAAGAAAUCAGCAGCGAGCAACCCAACUCCACCAGAUCUGACCCCAUCUGCCUCCUUGGAAGUCAGCGUUUCGGUGCCGCCCCCUCCUGCUCAUCCAACUCCUCACCAGACUGAGGAGGUUAAGGUCCCUGAAGCUGAGGAGGAGCAAAGCAAGCAUGCCACCGUGGAGGCGGCCCCUGCUGCCCCUGCACAGACGUCGGUAUUGCCACCUGGUGUAUCAAGGGAAGAGCUUGCUGCAAUCAAGAUCCAGACCGCCUUCCGAGGUUACCUGGCAAGGAGGGCACUUAGAGCCCUGCGGGGCCUUGUUCGAUUGAAGUCAUUGGUCGAGGGUAAUUCAGUUAAGCGUCAAUCUGCAAGCACUCUGCGCUGUAUGCAGACUCUAUCACGAGUGCAGUCACAAAUACGUUCUAGGAGGGUGAAAAUGUCUGAGGAGAACCAGGCCUUCCAGCGCCAGCUCCUACUGAAACAGGAAUUGGAGAAUUUCAGGAUGGGUGAGAACUGGGAUGACAGCACUCAAUCCAAGGAGCAAAUUGAGGCGAGCCUAAUAAGCAGGCAAGAGGCGACAAUAAGAAGAGAAAGAGCGCUCGCAUACGCAUUUUCACAUCAGUGGAAGAGUACUUCGAGGUCUGCCAAUCCAAUGUUUGUAGACCCAAACAACCUACAGUGGGGCUGGAGCUGGUUGGAGCGCUGGAUGGCAGCAAAGCCUUGGGAGGGCCGCAAUGGGGCUGACAAGGAGAGCAAUGUGAUUGACCGCGGUUCCGUGAAGAGCAUGAGCUUGAACCUUGGCGAGGGUGAGAUCACAAAAGCCUUCAACCGUCGGGACUCCAAGCCAGACAAGCCAUCGCCAACAACAACUCCAAAACUGACCCGUCCAGCCUCCAGGCAAUCCCCUUCGACGCCCUCUGCUAAAGUGACACCGAUCCCUGCGAGGAAGAAAUCUGCCACGCCUAAGAACGGCCUCUCACAGGUGGAUGAUGACGCCAGGAGUGUGUUCAGUGUGCAGUCCGAGCGACCAAGGAGGCACAGUAUAGCCACCUCGGCAGUGCGGGACGACGAGAGCCUUGCAAGCUCCCCAUCACUCCCAAGCUACAUGGUUCCCACAGAAUCUGCAAGGGCCAAGUCCCGCCUCCAGGGUUCGGCAGUGACCAAUGGCACAGAGACACCAGAGAAAGGAGGCUCUGCUGGAUCGGUCAAGAAGAGGCUGUCCUUCCAAGCUGGAAUGGCGUCCGCCUCACCAAUGCGGCGGCAUUCUGGUCCUCCCAAGGUGGGGAGUGUGGUGAAGGGCACUGUUGAGCCACCACAGCCAGAGGCCUUGGUGAUAAAUGGUGGAAACAAGUGAUUAGCAUCAUGACAAAUGGCAGAGCACCAAUGGAUUCUGCAGAUAUAUUUCAUCUAUGAGCAAAGGUUAAAAUUAUAUCAGCUGUAUGAAGUAUUGGCAUUUGUUUUUUCAAAAAAGUUACUAUCAAAUUGUUUUGUGUAGGAGAUUCUCGGUGUCUGUCAGAUCAUUUCAUUUAUUGCUUGUGCAAAACCGGAACCUCUAUGUAUGUAUUUAAACAGGUCUUCUAUUCAUGCGAGCCGUAUAUUUCUUCCA